AUGUCAUCAGAAGAUAGCAAUAAUAACAAUAGUGGUGGUGGAAGUGCCAAUCUUUCAUCGUCAAAGGGAUCGUCAGCACUUGGAAGAAGAGGUACAUUCUCAAAGGCAAAGAGUUUCAGAAGAGUGAUCGGGCUCAACCUCGAACCACAUACAUCAACACAGCCUCAAGUAUAUAGAUUUCUAAAUGGAGAAGAAUAUAGUGGACCGGAAUUAACACAGAUUCAAUCACCACCAUCGACACCGAGAAGUCAACGUUCAAUGUCGGUUGCAACUUCGUCACCGUCGUUGCAUGUCGUGCCCGACGAUGAAGAUACAAAGAUUCCAGUGUUUUUAGGUGCGGACGGUACUCUCUACAAUAAGUUCUACGUGCCAAUAAAGAUCAUUGGCAUCGACGAACCUUCACCUCCACCACCAAAGUUAUCGAGUCUAGCAAGUUUUGUACCACCAACCAGCAAGGAACGCGCAGCAGCAGCAGCAGCAGCGACGACAUCGACAACCACAACAACAUCGAGUACAGCAUUCAAUCCAGGCGAUCAAAUAUACACAGGAUUCCCAGAACCAAACAGCUAUGACAACUAUUUCGAUUAUGAACAGGCCGUAAUGGAUUGGCGCACUCAACUGCAGCAGAGUCUGGGCGUUAUUCAACUGCCACAGAAUAUGGGUCGUACAUACAGUCGUCCGCGCGUCGUUGGCGGUGGACGCGAUCUCAUUCGUAAGAAUUCAGAGGCAAGCAACGAUGAUUCGCUCAGUUUCGAUUCGAGCGAGCGCAAACUCACAGAGUCAGACAUCACCUCGCAGAACGGCGAGACCGACGACCCCAACGGCUACAGUCACAGUCCGUCGACACUCUUGGACAACAAGCUGCUGAAACACGCAGAGGAAGAUAUAUCAAAGGACGGCGCUUCGCGUUCUCGAAGCGGCAGUGACACAUCGACAGGAUCAUACGACGGCAGCGCGCUUCUCGACGGUAGCAGUCCGAUCGACGGCAGUCCAUCAAGCGGAUCGCUCACCUCGAUGAUCAACGGAACACGUUCUCGCAGCAACAGCUCCACCUAUCUCGAUCACAGAAUCAAUCGUAGCAAUUCAUUGUCACCCAAACAAUCGAUGGCUCGUCUCAACGAGUCUGGCGACUUCCGUAUGGGUCGUGGUAACUCCAUAUUGAAUAUGGACGAAGAUCGUUGGACACUGAGUAAAGAUCCAUGGGAUUCACAGUUGAUUCUUCAGGAGCCAGUACCAGAGUUGUAUAAUACAUUCGAAGAGUAUGAGUUUGCUAUGAAAAACUGGGCGAUCGAGGUGAUCGUCAAGACACCGGUGCUGCCUCCACACUCGACACAACUGAUCCAGUUGCCAUCGAAAGAGAAGGCCAGCUCCACAAACGACGCUGCCUCCUCAGAGCAGUCUUCGAAACACCAGAAGCAGAUGCAGCUCUACGAGCAGGCACAGCGCGACGCCAUCACCGCACUCAAGAAUCAGUGGAAGUACCGCUCCGGAAUGUUACAGAUCAAAUCCGACGAUCAAUUCAUAUACGAUCGAUACAUAACAGUGUAUCGCGAACAGUUCAACAGAAUCUAUGGCAGCGGUGGUCGUUUCUUUGAGGAUCACGAAUUACAGGUCGACAAAGUUUGGAAGCGAAUCAAUGGCGAACCCAGAAUGACACUGGUCGACACCGUCGACAAGUGGUACAACAAGAAACAAAAGAUCUAUCGUCAAUCGUUAUCGAUUUAUAAAGGUGGUGUCUGGGCGAAUCACUUGUUGAUGCCCGCCGUUGCCAACGGCUGGAAAGAGUCACUACAGAGAAAACAGUCUAUGUUGCCGCCUCUGCCCAUCAAGGCGUUGCGUCGUCUUGACAUCAACUCAGAGGCAGACGGCACCAAGGUAGAACUAAACUAUCUCUCACCGGAGAUUCCACUGGAUCACACCAAGCUGCUACCGGCCAACAUGAACAUCCAGUAUAUACUCAACAUGUUCGACACGACACUCGCUCAGACCAACCCAUUCUCGCCAACCGUUUGCAUCUCCACCGAAGAGCAGAAACAAUAUAUAAAGACUGCACGUCAAUACGAUCGUCGCUUGGUCCACGCAUUCAGAUUCGAUCCACACCAAUCGUGGACAGCCAAAGAGAAUUCUCCCAAUCCCAAUCCUCAAUCGCAACGCCAAGACAUCGAGGCUGUCAUGAUCCAACAGCCAUUCGGACAGACAACCAUCCUGGCACUGAUAAACACUCAACAAAUAUAUUUGGAUCGUUUCCAAGAAUGCUUUGAUUUGGAUCCAAACAGAAUGUAUUGCAGCCAGUUGCCACCACUUGUAGUGUCGCUCAACCAAUCGAUGGGCGGCACCAACAACUUGUCGGUCAGCACCGGCGGUGGUGCCCAGUCGAAUCAAUCGACAGGUUCGUCACCAAACACACCAAACCAACAAUCUCUAGCUUCGCCAAUGAAACAGCCAGGCACACCAACAUCACCACAUUACAAUCAUCUCUUGGGAUCACCUCCAUCGCGUUCCGGCUCGCUCAGCUCCUUUUCAUUCGGCUCGCCUGCCUCCAACAAAAUCUUGUUGUCACCAAACAACAAUGUAUCGAUACUCUCGACAUCGAGUGGCAUUGAAUCACCAAGACAGAAUCUCAAUCCAACACUGCAAUCGAUCUUGGUCAACUCACUCGGCAGCAACGGUUCACCAAGAACCGGUAACCAAUCAUCGACACCUCCAAGCAAUCCAUACAUUCAAAACUUCAUCAACUUUAUCUCGACCAACACCUUCCCCGAAAUGUUAACAAUCUUUGACAAAGUUAACAAUGUAUUAUCAACCGCUAAACUAUCUUCAUUGGUCAUAUUCUCUCUUGCCUCUGAAAAAGGUUCACUUUUAAUGGAGGGUAUUAUUGCAUCUAAAGAUAUUUAUUCAUUGUAUAAAGCUGCACUUGGUGUUUCAUACUUUGAUGCAGUUCCAAUUGAUCUGUAUCCAUAUCCAAUGCAUUUGAAUCAAGUAUUGAUUCCUGCAAUUGCAAAGGGCUCUACACAAGAAGUAAUUCGCUUCGUUUUUAUGUAUUAUUAUUUAAAUAUCAUUCAUGAGAGAGUUCAAUUCUACACAUCGAAUCAAACAGUAAUUUCAAUGAUCAAUUUAUCCAAAAAAGAUGUAGCUGACAGACUUGCUUCACUGAUUCAAACCGAUAAAGAGUUGCUCUCUAAAAUAUUUAAAGCCAUAGGAAGAAAGUCAUCGACUGUAUCACACUUUUUCUUAUUUAUUUUGAUACAAUUGAUGAGAAUACCAGAUCAAACUAUUAUGUCAUUCUUUAAACUUAAAGAUAGUUUGUUACCUCAUAUUAGAGAUUUAUGUCAUAGUAAAUUCUUACAUUCACAGUUUGCAGCAAAGAGAUUGUACCAAAUUCUUCAAGAGGAAGCUUGGAAAGACUUUUUGUAUCUCGAGUACAGUGAAAAGGAUGUUUUGAUUACUGAUCUUUUGUCAGCUUGUGAAGCCGGUUCGAAAUCGUUACUCAGCGAACUCGUCUUCUCAAUGUGUACCUCUACAUUGGAGACCAUCAACUCCAACGCUUCUUCAUCCGUUAGAUUCUUAUUGAACGAACAACUAUUCUUCCAGAUUUACAAUGCUAUUACCAAAUCAAAGAAAUCUGAUUCAAAUAUUGAAAAUCUUGCCAAGUUAUUCGCUCAUUUAUGUAAGACAAGUGUAAGAUUUGGAAUGGUAAAGAAGAGUGAGAAUAUCAAGAUCAAUAAGAAGAGUACAACCGAACAAGAGAUUCAUGUAUCACCAACAUUUAUGUUUGAAUUGUUGGCAUUUGUCACACAACCACAAGUACCAUCCGAUAAAUCUUUAGUUAAGAACUAUCAUCCGUUUGCACUCUGGACACAUCGAGUUUUUGGAGAAGAACAAGGUGCCGUAUCCGAUGCUAAACACACCGAGAAAGACGUCAAGACGUUGCGUGACUUUUUCAUCGAGAGACACAUGUUUAUCAAGGUACACAUGGUCUAUCGUAAGUACAUGGAGAGUAACCCAGCCGGUCGUUCCUACAUCCAACUCUGUAAUCUCUACCAAGCGAUAUUCACAUUGACCAUCUGUCAAAAACUAUUUAAAGACUCUGCAAAGAACUCUGAUUACAAAGAAGGUUUCACCAAGAUUUCCAAGUGGUUCAGAGAUGAUUCUAUUUCUUUGAUACGUUAG